CAGCCCGUGCUCCCGCCGCGCUCCCCGGGGACGCCGCCCGCCAGCCCCGCCGCCCGCCAGCCCCGCCGCCGCCAUGGCCAUCGACGCGUUUUUGGGCAAAUGGUGCCUCGUCUCCAGCGAGGGCUUUGAGGACUAUAUGAAGGAGCUGGGUGUGGGUAUGGCCAUGAGAAAAAUGGGAAGUAUGGCCAAACCGGAUGUUUACAUUAUUAAGGAUGGAGAUACAAUCACUGUAAAAACAGAAAGCACCUUCAAAACUUCACAGUUCAGCUUCAAGCUUGGUGAGAAAUUUGAGGAAAACACGUUAGAUGGCAGGAAAACUCAGACCCUUGUCACCUUAAAAGAUGAUGGGUCAUUGAUUCAGGAACAAGAAUGGGAUGGCAAGAAGACCAUAAUAUCACGGAAACUGGUGGAUGGACAGUUGGUGGUGGAAUGUGACAUGAAUGGUGUCAAGUGUAUUAGAGUCUACCAGAAAGCAUGAGGACAGGUCUUCAUAUUCUGUAGGAACUUGCUACAAACAACUCAGUUCAGUGGACAGAGCUCCUUUACACUCCAUUUUUUCCUUUUCCCUGUUUUCUAGUAUUUCAAUGAACUGAGUAGCUGUGUGCAAUCCUUUUUAAAAGCCGUGAUGUAACUAUUAUGUAACUAUUCUGAUCUAUUGAGGCUAUUAAAUACAAUUUUCAAAUAUACAAAGUGGAAAUGUUAUUAUAGUGGAAUUUUAAAGUGAGCUUUUAUAAAAACUCAGUUUAGUUUUAGGCUCCACUGGGUUCAGUUCGAGAUAGUAUGUAUCUUCUCACUCACUAAUGGUAACGAAUGUUUAACAGCAAACUGAAUUUUGACCAACCUUCCCAUGCUUAAUUGAUAAAGUAGUAAAUUCUGAAAUAGAAAUAACUUCAGAGAUGGAACUUUGAGUGUUUUUUCUAUCUUGUGAGCUUCAAAGUAAAUAGAAUUGGUUGGGGAAAGAUAAGUUUUGUUGAUAUUUAAGCAAAGGAAUGCAUUUUCAUGGGUAGGUUUGCUUUUCUUUUUCAUGUUUCAAAUCCAGAAAUUUCUUACCUGGAAAAAAAAAAAAAAAAAAAAAAAACAAAAACAAAACAAAAAAAAAUAGUGAGCCAAUUGGCAUGAUUAACUUAAGAAACACGAAAGUGCUUUGUUGAAAGGAAAUGUUAUUUUGAGAACACACUUUGUUUCCUUGCAAAACUCUUAUUUCCUGUCUAAUAGUAUUCUGAAAACUCUUAACCAAAAUCUAUUGAAAUACUGCCUAAAAUUUAAAGCCUCAUUUUUUAGAAAACUGGAUAGAAAUGGAGUUUAUGUGCUUUAAAGUGCCAUAAUAAAUAAUAAGACGUA